AUGCACCUUCUAGAGUCUAGACUCGUCCAGAAGAUCAAAGUCAUACUAGGCUUAAAUGUGGCCAUCCGGUUGUUGUGGCCAUCUCAGUCCCAGGACCUCAAACCAUCCCUCGACCCCGACCUCCGAGUAGCACGGAUUACAAGAGGCGCCACGCUCCCAUUAGUACACUCCCGGCUAUAUUCCACUCCAGCCCAGUACCAAGGGAUUCCUCGGUCCCUGAGUUUUCUCCCUGGGCCCGACCUGCUCUCUCUUCGUAAAAUGCACCUUCUAGAGUCUAGACUCUUCCAGAAGAUCAAAGUCAUACUAGGCUUGAAUGUGGCCAUCCGGUUGUUGUGGCCAUCUCAGUCCCAGGACCUCAAACCUCAAACCAUCCCUCGACCCCGACCUCCGAGUAGCACGGAUUACAAGAGGCGCCACGCUCCCAGUCAACAAUAA